ACUUGCACAAUGCAGAUUGUGGCGAAGCUUGAUAGCCUUCAGAAAACAUGUCAGGUUGUGCUUCAUUCUCCUCCACAACUUCCCACCUCAGAACCCUUCCCUCUUCUCUUCCGUCCACCACCAUAUCUCCUUGUCCUUCCCUCCGAUUUUCCCUCACUUUCCGGGAAAAUGGAAAACAGGUCGCACCCACAAGCACCUCUGUCCAAAAACGCAAUCUUGUUUCAUCGAGGUCUGGUAGAUUUGUGGUGAAAUCCCAGGCCACUAGUGCUCCUACUUCUUCUGAGUCUGUCCAAGUCACACCCGUGCCUUCCCAAAUGAAGGCAUGGAUUUAUGGAGAGUAUGGGGGAGUUGAUGUUUUGAAGUUCGAUUCCAACGUUGGUGUGCCUGAUUUUAAGGAAGAUGAGGUGCUCAUUAAGGUUGUCGCUGCGGCUCUUAAUCCCGUUGACGCCAAGAGGAGGCAGGGCAAGUUCAAGGCUACUGAUUCUCCCCUUCCGACUGUUCCAGGUUAUGAUGUUGCCGGAAUAGUUGCAAAGGUUGGUAGUCAAGUGAAAGACUUCAAAGUGGGUGAUGAAGUUUAUGGGGACAUAAAUGAGAAAGCCCUUGAGGGGCCUAAGCAGUUUGGAACUCUGGCAGAGUAUACUGCUGUUGAAGCAAGACUGUUAGCACCAAAACCUAAGAAUUUGGAUUUUGCUCAGGCUGCUGGUCUUCCUCUUGUGAUUGAGACAGCGUAUGAGGGUCUGGAGAGGACCGGCUUCUCAGCCGGUAAAUCUAUUCUUGUUCUGAAUGGUUCUGGUGGAGUUGGAAGCCUAGUGAUUCAGCUAGCUAAGCAUGUUUUUGGCGCUUCGAGAGUCGCUGCCACAGCAAGCACUAGAAAUCUGGAUCUGCUGAAGAACUUGGGUGCUGAUUUGGCUAUUGACUACACAAAGGAGAACUUUGAAGAUUUGCCUGAAAAAUUUGAUGUAGUUUAUGAUGCCAUUGGGCAAUGCGACCGAGCAGUGAAGGCUGUAAAAGAAGGAGGCAGUGUCGUGGCACUGACCGGUGCCGUGACACCACCCGGCUUCAGAUUUGUUGUGACGUCAAAUGGAGAAGUUCUGAGGAAACUGAACCCUUAUUUGGAGAGUGGGAAGGUAAAGCCAGUUGUGGACCCUAAAGGUCCAUUCUCCUUUGCUCAGGUUGCUGAUGCCUUCUCUUACCUUGAAACCAAUAAAGCAACUGGCAAAGUUGUUAUUCAUCCAAUCCCAUGAGGAAGAAGGGGGGGGGGGGAAACAAACAUGAAAAGAGAGAGAGAGAGAGGGCAUUUUGGUGUGUAAUGUAUCUUGUGAUGUUCACGCUAUGAGUAAAUAAAAGUCGAGAUCAGAAACUUUUCGGUCAAAAA